AUGCCUGAAGUUAAGUCGCAGCUCGUAGUCUAUGAUUUCGACUGGUCUAUGGUAGACCAAGACACAGAUCGAUAUGUCCUUGAAGUUUUGUCACCAAAGCUCAGAAGAAAGCUAGAGGAUGAUCACGGGAAAACAGAGUGGACCGAUCUACUAGCUGGAGUCAUGCAUGACUUGCACGAUGAAGGCGCAACUCGUGAACAAAUUGAACAUGCCCUCAUAACUCUUCCCUAUCAUCCUGCAAUGAUACGGGGUGUCAAGGCGCUGAAAGCCGCCAAUUCCCCCAAGACAACAUUUUUGUACAUUGUGACCAACAAGGCCGAAUGGCACGGCGAUCGACUGGACAUCAGGCGCCACAUUGGGCCUGAUGACCCUCCACAUGGGUGUACUGUCGGAUGUAGUCCUAACCUAUGCAAAGGCUCAGAACUUACAAGCUUCCUGGCACGGUGCGGCGAGACUUACGAUAGAAUUAUGUACGUCGGAGAUGGAAGCAAUGAUUUCUGUCCCAGUGUUCGACUUUCAGAGAAUGACGUUGUUCUCUGCCGUCGAGACCGUGCACUGGAGAGACGUAUCAAGGGAGCACCCGAGGGGCAGCUCAAGGCGACUGUCAAAUAUUGGGAAGGCGCCUGGGAGAUCGAAGAGUACUUCAACAGCCUCAUUAAAUCGUAG